AAGGCACUUGUGGCCACUGGGCUGGUGUCUGUGUUGCCUGUGUUCAUCCUGCCAUUCGUGCCCAUUGACAACACAAAGGAGAGUCAACGACUGCUCAAUGUGUUGCUGGCGUUUGCGUCUGGGGGUCUCAUGGGAGAUGUGUUCCUACAUUUGCUGCCACACGCCUUGUUUCCGCAUUCG